GGCCACAUCAACCCACAACCCACCACUGCACACAGCGCCACUUAUAAGGCUUCAACGACGACGACCACCAAAAGAGACAUCGCACAACACUCACACAACUGCUCCAUCAUCGUGCGUCACGGCGGGGGCUUUCCUUCCAACACACUCACUGUCCCGUGUACUUGGGAACUGGAACUCACUCUGCCCUGAUCACAUCGUAAUUCACCUUCAGGAUACUUGUGUCAGACUCAUCAUCUUCCAAUACUGCGUGUCAAGCACAUUUGACGCUCACAAGCUUGCUUCACUGCAUCACGCCACGCAGCCUGUACAACCUCCCACAUAACCUGCACAACACGCAAAAAAAAUGCUCUCACUCACGCGGCCACAACGGCGUCGGGCCGUGACAACAAUCUCAACAUUCUCACUUGCCUUCCUCGUCCUCCUCAUCUCAUCACCCCUUGCGGGCGCCGGCGCAGCCCCAGCUGCACCACCACCACCAGCGUCACAGCAAUCGCCAUCUGCAGACUCGCCAGAUCUCAUCUGCCACACGGAAAACCCGGCGGAAUGUUAUCCUCGCAUCUUCUCUGCAACGCACGAGUUCCAGGUCGUCCAUGACGACCAGGACCUGCCGCCAGGCCUCCACGUGCAGCUUGACAUGCAGACCGGGCAGAAAGUCGCCAAGAUCUACAACCCUAACGAGCAAGACGACCCAGCACUCGAGGGCCUGCCCGUGGACCACUCCGUCGUCCUCGUCGACCAGCAUCCAGACUCGGAGGCGGCAGACAACUCACGGCAAGCUGGCCCCAGGCCCGGAGCACCGGCUUACGAACCCCACGGCGUGAUCAAGGAGCCGCGCGAGCAGAACACCGAGUUCGCACACUCCCGCUCCAUCGUCAAGGACCACGUAGCCCUCCCCGACGGCGUCGAGGCGGGCACUCUGGUCCCGGCCCUUGCGGAGCUCGAGGACCUGUCGCACGACAUGUACUAUGGCCUCAAGAUCUCCGAGGACGCCGACCUCGUGCAGGCGCUCUUCUGUAUCCUGCUCGAGCGGGACAUGGACGCGUACCACACCACAAUGGAGCAGACCUCUGAUGCCAGCAAGACCGGCAUGGAGGAGAGGCCCGAUUUCCUGGCGAGCUCGAUCCUCGCGGCCGCGAUCAGGAAUAACCCGGCCAGCCUCGCCGCGCUCGAGAAGUCCUGGGCCGCCGGCGGCCUGAUGGACCGGUCGUGCAGACUGCAGCCCGUCUCGCUCAAGGAUACCCUGUAUGACAACCUCGCCCCAUCAUCCUUGUCCUCGUCCUCGUCCAUGUCCACGGCCCAGUCCCGCUUCGAGUCCGACCAGACUCGCCUGACCCUCGCCGUCCUGCGGGGCCUAUUGAAGAGUCCCGUGAUUAGGGACGAGUUCCUGGCCUCCGGCGGGAUGCGCCAGUUCCUCCAGAUCCUGCUGACCCCCGACGAGGCGUGGGCUGCGCGCAAGGACAAGGUCGCGAGGAUCGUGGCGGACACGUUCCUAGAUACUGACGCCGGUGCCGUCACGGGCGUCUGGCCCAGGAACGAUGAGGGCGGCAGCAGCAGCAGCACGGCGGCGGCAGCGACGCCGGACGUCGUCUGUGGCACUGCCGCGCAGAGCGGUGCGGGCUGGGACGAUGGGAGUUGCUGGGACCAUCACCUCAAGACGGUGAUCAAGAACGGGCAAGGCGGCGACUGGGCCAAGGACCUGUUGGCGUUACUGCAGGCUGCACGGGCGCCUCAGACCCCCGAGGAAGCGAAGCAGGAGCUGUAGAAGAUAUCAUUUCGUAAUCAAUGAAUGGCGGAUACCGUGGUUCUCACGAACGCAUCAAAUUGCCAGGUCCCAUUGACGAUAUAUCAAGACAACGUGACCAGUAGAACGGAGCUGAUCUGCUUACAUACGUAGGCAAGCUUAAGGACGGGCAAAAUGUUCUUGGUUGACCGCACUCACAAAACGCGGGGGUGCCUACCGCUUCUAUGGCUGUCAACAAGCAGAAUUGCUUCGAAUGUGGUGGGACCCU